UUCACAAAAUCUCUAUACCUAUCCUUAACUAUAUCAUUGUUACCACAUCUCAGGAUCCAGGAAUCCUCGGCUCUUCCCGCUCCUGCCUCCACUCUGUGCUCACUAUUCUCUCACUAGAGAGCAGUAUAGAGACAGCAGAUGGCACCACCACCACACAACCACUUAGUAUCAUUGAAACACCGAAGCUGUCAGAACUCUGCUAUCAGCUUGUACAUAAACUUGCAGCAAAUGUGGACACGUCUGGACCUGUCCUCAGAUACUUGCGAUCUUCAUUUGAUUUUGUUUUCAAGCAACUUCAAUACCUGCCAUUCUUUCACCCUGAUGUAGAGAAGUCGAAAGAAGUUUUGAUGCAGCAAGCAUGGUUAUUAAGGACAGUUGCUAUCGAGUUAUAUUCACUCUCGUUGAAACGACAACGUGUGAAUGCAGAGAGGAUACUGAAGGUACUGUUUUCUUCCGAUUCAUGCAAUCUGAUUGGCUCAACUUUAAACGCAUCGCGUUUGCUUAACCAAUCAAGCGACGUGACAAACUUAACAACAAGAGCGCUCGCUGGAGAUGUUUCAGUAACCCAACACUCGAUGUCAGUGUUGGACGCCUCAGCGUCGGUAGCAAUGUCUUCGCAACGAAAAGAAUUGUCAAAAAUGCUGAAAACCUUCGGUGUAUUGGAUCUAGUGCAGGAAUUCCCGAACCCGUUAACCUUGGAACAAUUCAUUCCUUCAAUUGUAGAACAAGCCAUCAGUUCAUGUGAAGCAACCAACGAACAUGGGAUCAUACAAUGUGAUGUCAAGGCUCUACACAAUAUACUAGAAGCCAGCUGUACUACUUUGUCCAGCUCAGAGGAUGCAAACAGAAAACAACUUGCCAUUGCAGACAUGCAGAAUAUUCUUCAAAAUGCGAUGGACCGAAACAUGACAAGAGAAACCGUUCAUGCGAAGCUUUCAUUUCUCACUGGGUGGCGCCACACACUUGAAGUUGCGUUAACAGCAUGUCCGGUUGAUCUGUUAAGCAAGGAAGCAAGACAAGAGGUGCUUCUCUCCACAUUACAACAUCUGGUCAACACUGCCAGAAGCAGUGAUGCCACGCAGGAAUUAACUUCCCCAAUUGCUGGCAUCGUGCUCAUGAUCAUUGUACAAAUACGAGCCAGUUUUUUUGGUGAUGCUGACCCAAAUAUAACCCUGGAUGGAAGUAUUUCUGCUUAUGAAACAAAACAAGAAAUAUCAUUGGCCAGUGUUGCACCAUUACAGGUUGUAGUAAGGGGUGCAAUGGAAUGGUUGCUACAAGCAGGCUUACCAGCGAAAGUUCGUACCCAUUUAUACACGGCUCUGCUCUACUAUUUACAACUGUGCCAAAAGCCGAAUGACUCCGAUAAAAAAAAGUCACGUCAUGGCAACCUAAUGUUACUCGCGUCAAGUGAGGACAUCUAUGCUCGUUUGAAUCGUGACAACCUCCAAUUACUACAAGAAUAUGGAGACACUUUCAUGGACUUGCUAUGCAAGGAUGCCUCCAGUGGUUAUGGUGUGUGUAGGGUGCUAGCGUUCGCUUGCUUAGAUGCAAUCCAUCAGAUUGACACACAUCAGACUUGGUUACAAUACAUGGUGAAGAAUGGAUACAUGGCACAUAUUGCACACAGCUUUAGCCAGGAAGAUGCCUCUCUCCAGGAGUCCCUAGAUCCCAACCAAGAUACUCCUCGCUCUGUGUUCAUUUAUGAACAGAAGAUGGCGCUGUUGUGCUCAAUAGCCGAGACACAAGGUGGAGCUAGAGCGAUAAUUGACUGCGGUAUUCUUACUCAACUUGCGGAAUGCAACUUCCUACAAAUGAGACCGGAAUCAAAUGACAGUGAAUUAGGUUCAAGUGCAUUAUCCAGAUACCAACAACUUCUGUUCCCAACAUUCCAUCUCUGCUCUGCUCUACUUGCUACUCUAGGUGGACAGUCCCACCAUGAAGUGAGUGCUUUGGUUCUUCAAUUCCUCCUGUCACAUGUUAACCCAAUAGUGAACAGUGUUCUCAAGUCACAAGCAAUACACACAGAUAUACAGGCACUCACUGAGUUAAAGUUACUGACCAGUAUACUGAGUGAAACUGCUGGUCAGGAUUUCUCUGAUCCAACCAUGUACCCUUCCAUACCAACCCCUGUUUUGCUGGAUAUUCAAGGUCACCUUAUGAGAAUUCAGAGACAGAUGCUCUUUCUUCUUCCAAGCUUCUUCCUCACAGAUCAGCUCCUUAAAGAUCUUGAAACAAAGAGCAAGGAAGAGGGAAGUGACUUUGGGCAGAUUCUCACACUUAUUCAUGAAAUUGGUUCAAAUAUAUUAACAUACGCACGGGUGGUUGUAGCUGCCAGGUCACCAGACGCUGACUCCACAUUUUUGCUUUUCUCACCGAGUCUUGCUGAGUCAUCCUUCGGCAAUCCAGGUUAUGAUGACCAUCGUCGACAACCUGCAUUAGGUGCGCUGAUGCGUAUCUUGCAUACCUGUGUUUCACGGUUCAUCGCACAACGAGAUUCAAUGAGUCAGCAAGAAUGGAAAAUCUCCAACAUUGAGACUUUGUCCUCGCAGGACUUAAAUGAGGUAAUCAAUGGAGGAACCCCCCAGACUAUGUCUCGAGCUCAGGAGAAAAAAGUUGCAGAGUUUAUCCUAAAACAAAGUGUGCAACAAAAAACUCAUCUUCUUGAAUGUUUGUACAAUGUUCUUGAAAAUUGUUUGCUGUUAUUGUGGCAACAUGUUGAUUAUUAUGUGCUCCGUGCCGUGCCCACAGAAACAGCAAAUGCAAAUAUUCUUUUCCCAUCUAGAAAUCAAUCAGACACGCAUCAGCGCUCACUACGCAAGUUACAAGAGUUUUCAGAAAGUUUUGUUGGGCAUUCUUCACAAACUGAGUUUGGUUCUAAUUUUUCAACUCCAAAAUCAGCAGGCUUGCGUAAAGAAACUAUUGUUCAGUUAAAGAUGGAGCUUGCAUCUUCACUACCUGAUCAUUUCUUAAAGAAGCUUACCAACAUAGAAAUUCCAACCAAGGGAACAGCUGCUAGUUUUAUGCAACCAAUAGUUCGCCGUCUGCAGCAUAUUGUAAAACUUCAUUAGUUAAUGCUGGGACAACACUGAUGUUAUCACUCUUGCUGUCAUUACUGACUUACUGGUUGUGAAUUCUGUUUAUCUAUUAUGACUUAGAUUAUGGAAUGUCACGCUUUUCUUAUGCUGUCAACUCAAUCAGGUCACUUGGAGCCAUACAACUUGUAUAUUAUGCUUAGGAUAGUAAACGCGCUGUAAGUAAAAUGACCAACUGCCAUUAUAAAAUAAAGUUCUUUUUGUAUGAUGAUUCCCAAA